GCUGCCUUCUGCCGGCACUUGCAGAGCCUGCGAGAAGACUGGUACAGGAACGUUCGGCUUGCCAGCGUCGCCGAGUGCAAGGAGGUGCAGCGCCUGCGGGGGCUCGAGGGCAUCGCUCUGGAGGCCCCGGUGCUUUUGGAGAAGCAGCGCGAUUGGUAUGCGCGGUUCUGGAAUCUAGAGUUCUUCAAGAGGGACUGUGGACACGACUACUGGUUCUGCCGGCCACAAUUCCCAGCAUUCGAAUGCGAUGAAGCAGCCAUUGACCAGAUGACGCUUCAUACCAACAUCGCCGAUUUUGUCGAGUUCACCCGGACGGUCCAGCGCAUGGACCGGAAAUGCGAUCAGGAGAAGAGCAUUGCCUUCCCACGGCUGAUCCUGGAUGGCUACGCACCUUUCUUCGGCGUGCUGAGGAAGUUCUUCGACGAAUGCUGGACGAAGCUUGGGCCGGAUGGCCUGUCAGAUCUCACCCCGAGGCUGGCACACGCCUUCGCACAUGCCUUCGAUUUGCAGGACCCCAUGGAGACUCUGUCAAGGUUCUACAAGGUGACACUGGCCGCCACGGGCUCCAUCACACGGCUCCAUGUGGAAAAUGCUGGUGCCCAUCUCUGGUUCAACCAGAUCGAAGGAAGACGAGUGUUCUUUUUGUUUCCUCCGUCCGAGUCCCGAAAGCUCUACGAAGAGACAGGGGGGCCGAUGCAGGAGACGAGUGGCUUUGCCACGCGCGUCAGCGGGGUGGACUUGUUCGCGCCCAGUGCCAAGCGCCAUCCGCUUUUUGCCGAGGCGAGCUGUCAGGUCGCUGUGCUUUACCUCGGCCAGACUCUUGUUAUCCCCUCGGGAUGGUGGUGGUACUCUGUCACCCUGGACCCAUCCGUCACGCUUUGGCAUCAGUUCUGGACCGACGAGAACAAGAGCCAGUUCCCUGAAAUUGCUUGGGAGUACUUCAACUACCAGAAGAUGACCCCGGAGUUCUGGGCUGCACUGCCUCGGAAGAUCGAUCGUCUUCGGGCAACUCGGGGGCAGAAAGCCUUCAAGGAAUCCGUCCGAGGAAACCCUUUAGGGAAACAGGGACCCUUGAACUUUAAGGAGGCGUUUAGGAACGGCGUAUAG